AUGCUGCCCACCCCCUUCUCGGUGAAGGACAUCCUCAGCCUGGAGCAGCAGGACACUGCCGGGGGUGUCCCUGGUCCCCACAGCCCUGGAGAAGAGGAUGAGCCAGGGAAUCUUCUUGAAUUCUCAUUAAUCCCAGGAAAAUUGAUAUUAAAUUUAUUAACCAUCAACCCUCCCUUCAUCUUUUUCCCAAGGAGCCACAUUCCCAAUUCAAUUCCUUCUUCGGAAACACACACUUACUGGGAACCGGGCUUCGGUUUAACUUCGAUUUGGGUUUUUCUCACCUCAGGAAAAUGUUUUCUUGCCCACUCUUUCGAAGCAGAUGAGAGGAAAACCAACCCCUGCCACCACCCCAAGCAGCGCCAGCGGAGAAAACCCCGAGUUCUCUUCUCCCAAGCUCAAGUGUUUGAACUGGAACGGCGAUUUAAGCAGCAGAAAUACCUUUCCGCUCCGGAAAGGGAACACCUCGCCAGCGUGCUCAAGCUCACCUCCACGCAGGUGAAAAUCUGGUUCCAGAACCGGAGGUACAAAUGCAAGAGGCAAAGACAGGAUAAAUCCUUGGAGAUGGCUGUUCACCCAUUGCCACCGCGGAGGGUGGCAGUGCCUGUGCUGGUCAGGGAUGGCAAACCUUGCCUUGGGCGCUCCCAGCCUUAUCCAACCCCGUAUGGCAUCACCGCCAGCCCUUACGCCUAUAGCUCCUACUACAGUGCCUAUAGCAGCAGCCCGUACGGCGGCAGCUACAGGGGGGGCUACGCUGGGGUGUCCUCCAACGCCACCUCCAGCUGCCCCACCAUGAACGUGAGCUUGGGCAUGGCCAACGCCGUUCACCAACCACCCUCGUGCUCGCAAGCCACCGCGCAAGCAGGAAUCAGGGCUUGGUAGAUGGCCAUGGAGCUCAGGACCUCUCGAAAAGAGCUGAAGAACGCCAUCUCCACCCCAAAGCUCAGGCUUCAUUGGGACAGGAGAUGAAUCUAGAGGGUUUCUGCCACCCCGGACAGUGGGAUGACUCCAGAGCAUCCAUCCCUCAUGCAGUCACGUCUCUGCAAGGGUGUGACAGGAGAGAUGGGGACGCUGCUGCUCCAGCACAGUGAUUUCAGGGACCCAACGGCUGAGGGCAUCUAUUUAUUUAACCACAAGCAUUUUGCAGUCUGCCCUUCCCGCUCCCAGAGUGUUUGCUCCUCCGGGACGUCAGUGCGAGGCCACCAAGAGUGAUGAAUGUGGCUUUUCUUCCUAAGGACAACUGGCAAACUCUGUGCACACCACUUGGCCAUUCACGUUUUUAUGAAUGCUAUUUAAUGCUUUCAGUUCCUCUUA